CAACGAGCGUUAAGCAGUAUUAAUACCAGCGGCGUCCUCAUUUCAGGCUUUACACUGAGACGCGGCGGUGCAGGAGAGGCUCGGUGCUUGAUCUUUGACAGCGUCGGCAAUGGAGGCCGCGAACGACGUUAAGGGUACGGGCGGAAGAAUAGGAGGGAACAGGAAGAAGGUCGUAUCUAAGUCCGUGAAAGCCGGCCUUCAGUUUCCGGUGGCUCGCAUAGCCAGGUUCAUGAGGAGAGGUCGCUAUUCUAAGCGUUUGGGCACCGGAGCACCGAUCUACCUGGCGGCUGUCCUCGAAUAUCUCGCCGCCGAGGUGCUCGAACUGGCAGGGAACGCGGCGCGUGAUAACAAUAAGCAGAGGAUCAAUCCAAGACACGUGCUGCUUGCAGUGAGGAACGAUGAUGAGCUGGGAAAGCUUCUGCAAGAAGUAACCAUAGCUAGCGGGGGAGUGUUGCCGAAUAUCAACCCCGUCUUGCUUCCAAAGAAGCCUUCUUCUUCUUCUGCCGCUGAGGACGUUGAGAAGGCCAAACAACACUAGAUUCUCCCAUCUGUUCAAUGUGAUACAUGUUACGCAGUGCAUGAAUGAUCGAACUCUUUGGGAUUUGGGGUCUCUGCUCACGUACUUUCCUGUGCCAAGAUCUUCUCGAUUCUGGGCGUAUGGGUCUCCCACGUCUUUUGGCGUAAUUAGCAUUUUAACUUCUUAC